ACUCAAACUCCCCUAUUCCAUUGACUACUCAUACAUCAUCCCAAUUCCAUUGCACUCCAAGCCAUCUGAACAACUUCAACGUAAUGCCUCACCUCAGCCACGCCCGCUAUGGCAAGGACAAUGUCCGCUUGUACAAGGUCGAUAAAGACCCCAAGACCGGCACUCACAAAGUCAUCGAACAAACAGUUUGCGUCCUACUCGAGGGAGACAUUGACGUCUCCUACACUAAAGCAGAUAACUCCGUGAUAGUCGCAACCGAUACGCAAAAGCAAACAACGUACAUCCUCGCCAAGCAACACCCCAUCGAUCCGCCUGAGCAGUUUGCCGCUAUUAUCGGCGAUCACUUUGUCAGAACCUACCCGCAUAUUCACGCGGCACAUGUCAAGAUUAUCCAGCACCGAUGGACGCGCAUGACCAUCGAUGGCAAAGACCACCCGCACUCCUUCUACCGCGACGGCGAAGAGAUCCGCGUAGUCGAGUCUAUUACACGAGAGGGCCAUGGCGUGUCAAUCCGCUCCAAGAUUGAGAAGCUACUCGUACUGAAGAGCACGGGUUCGGCAUUCCAUGGCUUCCACCGUGAUGAAUACACUAGGUUGCCUGAGACAUGGGACCGUAUUCUUAGCACGGAGAUCGAGGCAGGGUGGCAAUGGAAGUUGUUCAAGACCCUGGAAGAAGCCAAGGCCGUUGACUUCAAUGCUGCAUGGACGGCAGCCAGGGACAUUACCAUGAAGGUCUUUGCCGAGGACGAGAGCGCAAGUGUGCAGGCAACCAUGUACAAGAUGUGCGAUCUGAUCCUGGCUGCUCUUCCCCAAGUCGAGGCUGUUGACUAUGCGCUACCCAACAAGCAUUACUUCGAAAUUGAUCUCUCGUGGCACAAGGGCAUCAAGAACACAGGCAAAGACGCCACGGUAUUUGCGCCCCAAUCGGACCCCAACGGUCUCAUCCAUUGCACUGUCACUCGCAAGGGUACAAAGGCCAAGCUAUAGAGACAGCAUAACGUCUUGGCAGCAUUUUGGUUUCUUGUACAUGUCUUUGUAGCGACUAGUGGCUUUGAAGGGACGGUUGAGAGUAGAACAUUAUACCAUUUUCUUUGACGUCUCAGGGGGUGAAGGGGAGUAGAAACAUUAUUGAUAUGUGGAUAGAAUGAACUACCUACAUACUAU